AUGGUUUCUAAAAAAGCAGCUGAGCGCAAAGGCAAAAUUGCGAAGAAAGCCAACGGGGCAGAAAAACCCCAGAACGUGCCGUCGACCUCCCCGACCACCGUGAAAUCGGUCCCUCAAUCGAAACCCAAAGAGAAACCGUCGAAAAAGCGUACCAUUGAACAAUUGGAAGAAACCCAGAAAGACGAAGAAGAUGAUUUCGGUCAAGUCGCCAUUGAUAUGGGAUCCUCCGAUGAGGAAUCGGAUGCAGACGCUGAAUCGGACGGUGACAUUGAAGAAUUUCCGGAAUUGAGCAUUAGCGACGAUGAAGCCGAGGAUGACAGCGAUCUCGAAAACGACGAAAACGAAGAUGAGGCCAUCGAAGCUGAACUUGAAGAAGAAGAAGAAGAUGAGGACGAGUAUAUGUAUGGUGACAGUUUGGAUGAGGCGGAUCUGGAGGAAGAAGAAAAUGCACAGAGAUCCUCGUCAAGUGUACGCUCAUUGCCAAAACUUCCCGAGAUUGAAGCCAACUACGACAGUGAUUCUUCUACCGAAGAAAAUGAGAACACUGUGGGUAAUGUUCCCAUGGAGUGGUACAAAGACAUGCCGCAUAUCGGUUAUGAUCUCAAUGGCAAGCGUAUUCUCAAGCCUGCGACCGAGGACGAAUUGGAGAAAUUCUUAUCUACCAUGGAAGACCCUGAUUCCUGGAAGUCCGUGCGCAGUGAAAAGGAUGGCAAAGAUAUCGUACUCAACGAUGAGGAAAUGGAUAUCAUUCAGCGUCUCCAAGGCGGUGAAAUUCCUGAUGCCAGUUAUAACCCUUACGAACCCACCGUUGAAUGGUUCACAAGCAAGACCGAAACCAUGCCACUGUCGUCUCGUCCUGAACCUAAACGUCGUUUUGUUCCAUCCAAGUGGGAAGCUAAGAAGAUCAUGAAAAUUGUGCGCGCUAUCCGUGAUGGACGUAUUGUGCCGCGUAAGCCCAAGGAUGAGAAACCACGAUUCUACAACUUGUGGGGUGAUGACGAUAAACCACGCGAAGAUCAUAUCAUGCAUAUUGCUGCGCCCAAGAUGAAGCUUCCUGAGCAUGACGAAAGUUACAAUCCUCCUGAAGAGUACCUUCUCGAUGAGAACGAGAAGAAAGAAUGGGAAGAAAUGGACGAGGAAGACAGACCCAAGAACUACUUGCCCAAGAAAUAUAACAGCCUGCGUCACGUUCCCGCUUACGAUCGUUUCAUCCAAGAACGAUUCCAGCGCUGUUUGGAUCUGUAUCUCGCACCUCGUGUGCGUAAGAACCGACUCAACAUCGAUCCCGAGUCCCUGGUGCCCAAGUUACCCAGUCCCAAAGAUCUUAAGCCUUUCCCCACACAUCAAUCGAUCUCUUACGAAGGACAUACAGCACGUAUUCGAAGCAUCUCGAUCCAUCCCAGCGGUUUGUAUGCGCUUUCCGGUUCGGAUGAUCAAACUGUGCGUUUAUGGGAAGUGGCCACGGGCCGCUGCUUGUGCAUGUGGCAAUUUGAUGGUGUCAUUCAUGCUUUGGCUUGGAACCCAAGCUCCGAUAUCUGGUUGUUUGCCGUUUCGGUGGGCCAUGGUGAGGUGACCUUGAUCGCGCCUCCCAAACUGUGCUCUGGAGAACAGGCGAUGGCUACCGAUCAAUUUGUCAAGGGAGGAUUUGCGAAUGUGAGUGACGACAAGGAUCGAUCCAAGGCCGUCGUUUCUUGGAGCAAACCGUCUGAAGCGGAAGAAGAGAAAUAUGGUUUCAAGGUCCGUCUUCAGCAUACACAGACCGUGAAACAGAUCACUUGGCAUCGCAAGGGUGAUUACUUUGCCACCGUGGCACCGGACGCUAGAAACCUUGCUGUCCUUAUUCAUCAAACCACCAAACACCAAACGCAAACACCUUUCCGACGUCUCAAGGGUUUGGUGCAAAAGGUCGCUUUCCAUCCUAUCAAACCCAUCUUCUUUGUUGCAACACAAAUCUAUGUGCGUGUGUACGAUUUGAUGCGUCAGGAAUUGAUCAAGACUCUGCACUCGAGCGCCAAGUGGAUUUCCAGCAUCGAUGUUCAUCCCGGUGGUGAUAACGUACUUCUCGGUACUUAUGAUAAGAAGGUGUGCUGGUUCGAUAUGGAUCUGAGUUCGCGACCCUACAAAUCCUUAAGAUAUCAUACAAAGGCUGUACGACAAGUCGCGUAUCAUAAGCGAUACCCGCUUUUUGCAUCUUCAUCCGAUGAUGGCACUAUCCAAGUGUUUUACGGAAUGGUCUAUGACGAUUUAUUGCAGAAUCCUUUGAUCGUACCUGUAAAGAUUUUGAAGGGCCACACAGAAAAGGAUGGUUUAGGUGUAUUAAACAUCGAGUUCCAUCCUACACAGCCUUGGAUUUUCUCUUCGGGUGCCGAUGGUUCUUUCAGACUUUGGACCUAA